AUGAUACCAUAUUAAAAUUUGAUAAGAUAUUAUAUUUUAAAUGAUUAAUUAGAUUAUUAUUUUCCUAAUCUGAACUCUUCGGCUUGCAAUUCCUAAUACUAGCUUAAAGUUGCCUUAGGAACCAAUCCUCAAUUAUUGCAACAAAAUAAAAGUUGGAAAUUCAUGACAGAUAGAAAAUGGUUAAUCUAUACAAUUUUUUCACUAAAUUAAAGUUAAAAAAUAAUUUAAAAUCCAAAAAAGUUUCUUUAAUCUCAGAUCACAAAAGAAGAAUUAGAGUAAUAAUAUAUAUAAAAAUAGAGUUCUGAAAAACCUGGAUACAAUUAGAUUUAUAAGUAAGCAACAAAGAAUAUUCACUUAAAGAUUAAUAAAAAUAAGUAAAGAUACAAAAAAUUAAGUAACAGAUCAAUAGAUUAAAGAAUUAAAAAAAUAAUAAUCAAUUUGA